AUGUCACACACCAAAAAAAUUAUUGGUAUCUUCAGUUUUAAUUUAAUUAGAGAUAGUUGUUAUUUAAAAAAAUUAUAUCUAGAUGAUUCUCUAGUUUACUAUUUAAAAACUACUGAUAGAAACAUUCCGGAACAAAAGAUAAUGAAUGGUUUCUUUGGAACCGAGAUAAUCUACAAUUCUGGAAAGAUGAUGAGAAUUCAAUUUAUUGCAGCCUUGUUGGUUGUUUGCGUUUCAAUGUCGGUUGCACAUCAAUCAUGUGUCAAGCGUAAACCAAUUGAACAACGUCGUACUCACGUUAUUUCUCCAGUUCCAUCCGAUUACAUCAAUUAUGAGGAUUUACCAAGUUAUUUCGAUUGGAGAAAUAUCACUUCUGAAGGAUAUGAUGCACCAAGAUCUUUCGUAACUGUCACUAGAAAUCAACAUUUACCACAGUACUGUGGUAGCUGCUGGGCCUUCGGAACUACAUCUGCCCUAGGAGAUAGAAUCAAGAUUGCCAGAAAUGCUCAAUUCCCAGAGAUUGAUUUGGCUCCUCAAGUUUUGUUGAACUGUAUGGGUUCUGGAGACUCUUGCGAUGGUGGUGACCCCACAGAAGCAUAUGAGUACAUACUUAAUAAGGGCAUAUCUGACGAAACCUGCGCUCCAUACGAAGCCAUCGACAACGAAUGCAAUGCCGAGGGUAUCUGCAAGAACUGUAACUACGAUCUUUCCGAUCCAACCGCCAAAUGUUUUGCUCAAACUACCUACACCACAUACUUUGUCAAAGAACAUGGACUUGUCAACGGUACUGAAGCAAUGAUGGCCGAAAUUUAUGCUCGUGGAUCAAUUGCCUGUGGUGUUGUUGUUGAAGAUGCUUUCGAAAGCUACAGCAGUGGUGUAUUCACCACCAACAGUCAAAGCACUGAAAUCAACCAUGAAAUCUCUAUCGUCGGUUGGGGUACUCUCAAUGGUAUCGAUUACUGGAUCGUUCGUAACUCAUGGGGUACCUACUGGGGUCAAUUGGGUUAUGCUUUAGUCCAAAGAGGUGUAAAUUUAAUCCAAAUCGAAAGUGAUUGUGAUUGGGCCGUCCCACAACUCUAA